AUGCUUUUCACGGCCUUUGCUUUCUUCGCCGCUCUCGUCGGUGGUGCAUAUGCUGCUCCUGCUUCCGGUCGGACUGCCAUCUCAGCACCCCAAGGACAUGGCCAAAUCAUCGUCAGUCAGACCCAGCUCCGUGUGACGGGAUGCCUCAAUGCCUCUGGUCUUUGGAACGUGGCAGGCGACUGUGCGACCUUCACUGGCGAUGAAGAGGGCGGUAUUUCCGGCCCGGAGGGAUAUCUGCUCCUCACUGAAGAUGGUAUCACCACCUCGACAAGCUCUGAUACGACCUGGCUGGGCUAUUACUUUGAUGGAAACUCAUCUGCCAAAUACAUUUCUGCCGAUAAGACAAGGGUGAAUGAUGCUUCUGGACAGAUCCUGCUACACGCGGACCAUGUGCCCUCUGAGGCUGAGACGGUGCCAGUACACGCAUCUGCCGCAGACAACGACGUUGCCGUGUACCUCUCAUGGAUCGCGCAAUGA